AUUUAUUUAUCUAAAUUAGACGUGGUAGCACUGUUUAAUGUAGAAAACAGCUGUUUUGGCAAAGGUAUGAAUUGAUGUACGACGCAUUUAUUGACAUAGAUAUGUAAAUGAAAUAUUGAAUAUUGCCAAAUUAAAGCAAACAAAGCCCAUUUUUAAAUGUUUUUACGAAACAAACAUUUUUAGUUAAUGAGCCGAUAUGAAAAUCAACGAAAAGAACCUAUGUGUUUUUGCCCGAUCGCCACCAUUCGACAUGGAGGGCUUCCUCAACAAGCGCGGCGAAAUCAAUAAAGCAUUUCAACGGCGCUAUUUUGUGCUCAAAGGCAAUUUGCUUUUCUAUUUCGAGACGCGCCUGGACAAGGAGCCACUUGGUUUGAUCAUAGUGGAAGGCUGUACCAUAGAACUAUCGCAAGAGUUAGAUGCCGAUAACUAUUGCUUUGAGAUUGCCUUCAAUGGCAACCGCACAUAUAUACUGGCUGCCGAUACACAAGAGUGCAUGGAAGCAUGGAUGAAGGCCUUAACAUGCGCCGGCUACGAAUAUAAACGGAUUAUUGUCGCUGAGCUCCAGCGUCAGCUUCAUGAGAUCGAAUACUCUCGGAACAAGAUGCGCAGCGAGCGUAGUGAACCACAUCACAAUGUAACGGAUGGCCAGGACAAACCUAUACCACCACCCAGACGUCCUAAUCCCUUCAAUCGACCACCACCACCUCCGCCAAUUGAAGCGGGUGGUGUGCGAGGCGGUGUAGUCAUAUCGCCGUUACCCUACAUCUCCGACUACUAUGCCGUGAGCAAAGCGAAGGCAGCGCAACAGGAGCUACAAUACCUAGAUAAUGGCAAUGGUAAUGGCAAUGCAGGCAGCCCACAGUCAACGCCUCGAUCACGCCGACGUCACGCAUUGGGCGCAUCGCCGAGCGUCUUCUAUGAUGAUCAGCCCGUGGGAACGACUAGAUCAACAGUAUUAGCUAAAAGCAACAAUAAUAAUCACAUUGAUCGAGUGGAGCAGAAGCGUCGCCUGGACAAAGCCAUCGAGAAGUUCAGCAAACGUCACGAAAAGUUUCGUGAAAUUAUCAUGCACGACAUCUUGUUGUACAGAGAACGUCAAGAACAGCCAUUGAUACAAUUGUAGACAACGAGAGAAUUGUGCGA